GAUGGAGGCCGGGGAUUGGUGGUUUUGGGGGACGGCGCUGCUGCUGCUGAUGGGGGCGCUGGGGGCCUGGUGGUCGUUCCGGCAACCGAAGCGGCCUGCCGACGCCGCGAGCCGCGUGGCCGUGCUGGUGGUGGGCGACCUGGGCCGCAGCCCCCGCAUGCAGUACCACGCUCUGUCGCUGGCCCGGCGCGGCCGCCGCGUCGCUUUCAUCGGCUACGCGGGCACAAAACCCCACAGUGAGAUCAUAAGCAAUGGAAACAUUGAGAUUGUUCCCCUUACAGAGCUCAAAAUUUGGCAAGUUGGGCCCAAGUUUUUCCAGUAUAUGAUAAAAGUGAUUGUGCAGAGUUUCCAGUUGCUGUACACAUUGCUAAGGAUUGCCACACCAGGCUAUGUGCUUCUCCAGAAUCCUCCCGGUUUACCCAGCAUUGCGGUCAGCUGGGUGUUUUGCCUACUGCGAAACAGCAAGCUAAUUAUUGAUUGGCAUAAUUAUGGGUACACUCUAAUGGGCCUGACUCACGGAAAAAGGCAUCCUAUAGUCCGGAUGGCUAAAUGGUAUGAAGAAUUAUUUGGCUGCUUGUCCAACUAUAAUAUUUGUGUGACCAACGCAAUGAAAAAGGAUCUUCAGGUGAACUGUAAUAUCAGAGCAAUAACCCUCUACGACAAGCCGGCGUCUUUCUUUAAGGAAACACCCCUGAGCGAACAGCACAAAUUGUUUAUCAGGCUCUCAAAAGACUACGCCCCUUUUAAAGCAGUGGAAUCCUUCCAGGAAGAUAAUGUUGAAAGAUCUGCCUUUACACAAUUCGAUGUCAUCAGUGGAAGUGCCACACACCGCCCAGGCCGACCAGCUCUCCUGAUUAGCAGCACCAGUUGGACAGAGGAUGAAGAUUUUUCCAUCCUGUUAAAUGUUUUAAAAGAGUAUGAGCGCUGUGUCAGUGGUGGAGCAAAACUUCCUUCGCUUGUGUGUGUGAUCACAGGCAAAGGACCGCUGAAGGAGCAUUACAACAAACUGAUGGCGGCUCUGCACUUCAAGCAUAUCCAGAUUUGCACCCCCUGGCUGGAAGCAGAAGACUAUGCCCUGUUGCUCGGCUCAGCCGAUUUAGGUGUUUGUCUUCAUAAGUCCUCCAGCGGUUUAGAUUUGCCUAUGAAAGUGGUGGAUAUGUUUGGCUGCUGCUUGCCCGUGUGCGCAGUGCACUUCCAGUGUUUGCACGAGCUUGUGAAACAUGAGGUGAAUGGCUUGAUAUUCAGGGACUCGUGUGAACUGGUGGAACAGCUGAAGAUGCUUUUUUGGGAGUUUCCUGCCAUGGAAAGCAAACUUGCUUUAUUCCGAAGAAAUCUUCGCCUGGCCAAGCAGCAACGCUGGGAUGAAAGUUGGGAACAGACAGUAUUUCCUCUGUUUAGCGACAAAUCAGAUUAGCUUAGAAGAAAUUAGAAGUCAAUUGAUAAA